CACUGCGCGCGCAUAAACAAAGGGGAAUUCCCGGGCCUGCUGACAUGAAAUUGCAACGCUUCCUUCAUUCAAGUUACAGGAUUGUGUUAUAAAUGUGGACGUAAAGAUAGAAAAAUCAUAAAAUGGGGGAUUUUUGGUUGCAACCUUUGAGGAGCCUUUCUGACUUGGAGGAUGCCAAGAGAGCUGCUCGGCACAUCAAUGAUCACUCGCUGGCCAAGAUGGUCACGAGAAAGAAGAAAGUCCGCAAGUCCAAGAAAGAGGCGUUCCAGUCAGUACUGUUAGCUCCUAGGUUCUGCCAAGAAUCCAUUCCACCCAAGUCUGUCGUUUCAAGUAUUUCCACAGAGAAUCAAGAAUGCAGUUCCAAACCGUGCCAGAAACGACAGAUUCAGCUGUUUGUGAAUAGUUCCUUGACAUCACCAGUCUGUCUGCAACUACAUCCGUCCACUGCUAUCUCAGCUUUGAAAGGAUUACUACAAGACAAAGUGGGGAUUGAACCAGAGAAACAACAUCUGUUUACAAGGAAAAACCAUGAGCUCCGUGAUGACCUCUCCCUAGGGAAUUAUGGGAUUGAGCAAGACACCAACAUAGAGUUACGUCUAGUGUCUGGGUUGAUGGGAGGAGCUGACGAGCAGAAAACAAAAGGGAGAAAGAAGACAAAAAGAAGGCAAAAGAAAUCUACAUCUACAGACAAAAUGAGUAGACAAGAUAACUCCAAUGAGGAAGAACAAGUGAGGUCACCUGAUGAGUCUGGCCAUUCGCCUACAUCCUCAACAAUUGAGGCCAAUGCUAGCAAUCAAUCAACAGAGAGAAAGAAGACAAAAAGAAGGACAAAGAAGUCCGGGAAGAAAUCUACAUCUACAGAGGAAAUGGAUAGGCAAAGUAACUCUAAUAAGGAAGGUCAAGUGAGGUCAACCGAUGAGUCGGGGGAUUCCCCUACAACCACAAGCGACCAAUCAACAGGGAGAAAGAAGAGAAGAAGACGACGAAGACAAAAUCAUGUCGAAAAGGCACAAUCCUGUGAAGAAGCCACAAUAUCAACCAGCCUAGAUCAAGAUGACCAAGGAGAUUCCCAAACCUGCUCUUCAACUGCUGAAUUUGCCGUUGACUCGGCUACAAACUUUACAAAACUCAACCUGUUUCUGUGGAUUCUAUGCCUCCCACUGAUCACAAUCCAUGUCAUCCUGAGCAUUUGGUCUCCUCGCAUGAUUCAAGUCACCUCCUCAUCUAAAGACGGCACCAAUGGACGAACAUCCUCAGGUGCUGAAGAGCAAGAACGUUCCGAUGACUCUGGGCAUUCUUCAACCUCAGCAGCAAAACCUGGGAGAAAGAGGACAAGAAGACGACGACAUGGGAAAGCAAGACAAAACUUGUUAUUAGACGAAGCUGAAAGACAGCCUACCUCAGAUGAUAAAAAGCAAGAUCACUCAGAUGACUUGGGGAAGUCUUACACCUCAGCAGGAAAACCUGGGAAAAUACGAAGUAGAGGCAAGACCAAGAAAAAAUCAGGAAAGAUUAGAAAAGGCAAAACAGUUGCCACGAAAUCCCCAUCCGAAGAGGAAGCCAUCGAUGAAACGAGCAAAGGUGAUCAAGCUGAAGAUAAGUUUGUCAACUCAAGGGAUUCCACUGUCUCCUCAUCAGCCAAGACCACUGCCAAGAGAAACAACCAAUCAAAAGGGAGAAAGAGGACAAGAAGACGACGAUACGGGAAGGCGAGACAAAAGCCGUUAUUAGAUGAAGCUGAAAGACAAUCUACCUCAGAUGAUGUAAAGCGAGAUCCUUUGGAAGCCUUGGGGGAUUCGUUCACCUCAGCAGGAAAACCUGGGAAAAUACAAAGUAAAUGCAAGACUAAAAAAAGAUCAGGAAAGACAAGCAAAGGCCAAAAACUUGCCAAGAAAUCCCCAUCUGAAGAAGAAGCUAUCGGUAAAACAAGCAAAGGUGAUCAAGCUGAAAAUAAGUUGGUCAACUCAAGGGAUUCCACCGUCUCCUCAUCAGCCAAGACCACUGCUAAGAGAAACAACCAACCAAAAGGGAGAAAGAAGACAAAGAAACAGACAAAUGCUGACAAGAAACCAUCUUGUGAAGAGAAAAAAGAAUCCCAAAUCCAGCUGUUUGUGAUUAGUUCUUUGAGAUCACCUGUAUGUCUGCAACUUCAUCCGUCCACUACUAUCUCAGCAUUGAAAGGAUUACUGCAAGACAAAAUGGGGAUUGAACCAAAGAAACAACGUCUAUAUACAAGGAAAAACCACGAGCUCAAGGGUAGAAUGUCCCUGAAAGAACUUGGAAUUCAGCAAGACACCAACAUAGAGCUACGCUUAGUGUCUGGGUUGAUGGGCGGAGCCGAUGAUGAACAGAAAUCAGCAGGGAAUUCAAGAGAAAGAACUAGCGAAGAUUCCAGGAGGAGACAAAAGGGAAAAAGAAAAGCUAGUAGAGCCAGCUGUGGCGGUGAAGACACGUGCAACAACUCCUCAGCAGUUAAGCCAUCCGCUGGCCACCCAUCAGGGGAAACAAAACAGAAACUAGAACAGCCAAGGCAAUACGCUCCUCGAAGGAUACUAAAGGGGAAAAGAAGAGCUACUAAGAGAAGGACAAGCCUCGGCGGUGAAGGAAACGUGGAUAACUCAGAGGAUUUCUCCAUAUCCAUAGCGGUUAAGGCAACCGCUGGCCACCCAUCAGUGGAUACGAAAAAACAGAAACUAGAACAUCCAAGGAAAGACGACGAUUCCAGUAGGAUACAAAGCGGGAAAAGUAAAGCUAAGACAGGGACAAGCCUUGGCGGUGAAAAAUACCUGGAUAACUCCGAGGAAUCUUUCAUCUGCUCAGCAGUUAAUGCCCCCACUGAUAACCUGUCAGGGGAAAUUCAAGUACAUAAAGUAAAACAACCAAGGAAAGACAACAAUUCUGGCAGAAGACGAAAGAGAAAAAGAAAGGCUGCAAACAGAAGUUCGAGCGUUGGUGGAGAACAAAGCGCGGGUAACUCUGAGGAUUCUUCCACCUCAACUGCUAUUAAGGCACGUGCUGGUCAACCAUCAGAGGGAACUCGAGAACAAAUAAUGGAACAGCCAAGGAAAGACAACGAUUCCAGGAGGAUGCAAAAGGGAAAAAGUAAAGCUAAGGCAGGGACAAGCGUUGGCGGUGAAGGAAACUCUGAGGAAUCUCUCAUGUCUUCAGCAGUUAAGGCACCCACUGGUCUUCCUUCAGGGAAAACUCAAAAACGGAAAAUAAACCAGCUGAGGAACGACAAUGAUUCUGGAAGGAUACAAAAAAGAAAGAGAAAAGCUAAUGAGGCAAGAACAAACCAUGGCUAUGAAGAAAAUGCAGAGAACUUGGAGAAUUCUUCCACCUCGUCAGCAAUUAAGGCACCCGCUGACCACCUAUCAAGGGAAACAAAAAAACAGAAACUAGAACAGACAAGUAAAGACACCAAUUAUGGAAGAAGACGAAAGAGAAAGAGAAAAGCUUCCAAUAAAUCACCAUCUGGAGCAGAAACGAAAGAAAACAUGGACAACUCGGAGGACUCUUCCAAAUCCUCGGCAGUUAAGGCACCUCCAGGUCACCUAUCAGGGGAAACGCAAGAACAAAAAGUAGAACAACCAAGGAAAGCCAAAAAUUCUGGGAGAAGGCGAAAGAGAAAAAGAAAAGCUGCCAAUAAAUCACCAUCUGGAGCAGAAACCAAUAAGGAGAGCCUUAGUGAUACAGAGCAACAGAUCUUACGUGAUCCAGGGGAUUCCUGCUCAUCGCCAACCAUUGGUAGUGCCGCUAGCACCUCGCCAGAGACCGUGGCUGGGACAAUAAGGAAGAGAGAAAGACACGAAAUGGCUGGCAGUGAAGCUGAAGAAUCAAAGAAAAAGACUGUUGCAAGCGACAGACAGCAAGUUGCAAUUGACACAGGAAGCUCCCUUGUCUCAACAUCAGUCACUGCCUCAUCAGUGAGCCGAUCGAGAAGGAGGAGGAGGAGAAGACGACGAAAAAAUUCUGAGAAGAAGGCAAUAGAGGUUGGGGGUGAUUCUAAAGUCAUUGAUCUUGAAAGGCACCAGCCAAAAUAUUGGAACGUAACAGGUGCCAGCGAUUUGAACCUGCAACAAGAUAAGGGAAGGACACUUGAAUUGCAGAGACCAAAGGAUCAGGAAACUGAGGAAAUAUACAAUCGCCAAUACACAUCAUCCAAAACACCUGGAGUGCGACGGGAAGAUUUUGGUCCAGACAGACUUAAAGCGGACAGACAUUAUGAAAUGUCACAAAAAGAACACCAAAGACAGGGACAGGAUCAUGUUGGUGAGUUAGACAUACAUCAGACAUAGAGGACUAGAA